UUCACUGUGCCACCGUGAGACUGGCGUCUGCCGGGCUGCAGAUGAGCAGGUACAAACAGACAGGCAUCUCAGCCAGAGGCUUCGGUGUCUGUUAUUCACACAGGUUUUCCCAGAAGACCGUGGUCCCGAGGUGACUAGUGCUCUCAGAAGCACUUCUUUGUUAGUGCCCGGCUUUUAAAUUCAGGACGAGAACGACACGCCGACACCGGAAGCCUUUUCUUGGACCGUUGGUUUAGUUCCCCUGUCGGUGUUCUGUCGGGCAGGGUGCUACCGUCUCGUGGUGAGCGGGCCAUCUGAGGGCGUGGCCACUGAGGGCGGGAGUCCAGCCAGCCGCCCCUGUGACAGAGGAGGUGGACGGGAAAGGCGCGUGCCCGCCGUGGCCCCGAGGCUGCCGGCUCAGUGACACCCGCACGUGCUCUCCUGUCUCCUGUGGAAACGCCCUCCUCCUGCGCAGGGCCGCCCCCGUGUCCCCGGAUCUGUGCUGCACGGGACCGCGAGUGGUCUGCUCUCUCUGCCCUGGCAGUGCACAGGCGGGGCCGUUUCAGCCAAGCAGGCUCCAUCUCGGGGGGCGCGGGGAAACCCCGCGCCCAGCGUGUGUCCUGAGUGCGCAGAGGGAGGCACCGAGCCCCGGCGGCUGGGCCGGGUGCCCCGGGAAGGCAGGGGCCUUUGCCAGCCCACUCGGGCCCGUUUGCUCGGGCUCCGGAACUGUCCCGACACAGACCGAGGCCAAGUCGAUACGUAUCUGUCAUCCUCUGAAUGAAGAAAGGGACAGAUCUGUAAGGUUAGGAAGUACCGGGUUUGAGAUCUAGAAGUUCAAUAUUUUAAUUUCUCUCUCCAAGAACUGUUUGGGAAAAACACAGUCAGGUAAUUUCUAAGUGUUCACUAUUUCAGAAGAUAUAUUAAUUAAAAAACACAAACUAAAUGGCUUGAUGUGAUUCAAAACUCCGUCGAAUUCCUUUCUUUCUACUAGCAAAGAGCAAGAACUUCUUUCUGACGCGCUGCCUCCCAGUGACGGAGCCGCCGGAGCCGCCGGAGCCUCGUCCCCUCCCGCCCUCCUCCCCGGCCCCGGCAGACUUGCAGGAUUAUGACUCGGAUGCAAUGAGUAGCUCUUAUGAAUCGUACGAUGAAGAGGAGGAGGAUGGAAAGGGGAAGAAAACGCGACACCAGUGGCCCUCGGAGGAGGCCUCCAUGGACCUGGUGAAGGACGCCAAGAUCUGUGCCUUCCUGCUGCGGAAGAAACGCUUCGGGCAGUGGACCAAGUUACUCUGCGUCAUCAAAGACACCAAACUACUGUGCUAUAAAAGUUCCAAGGACCAGCAGCCUCAGAUGGAGCUGCCGCUGCAGGGCUGCAGCGUCACCUACCUCCCGAAGGACAGCAAGAAGAAGCAGCACGAGCUGAGAAUCACGCAGCAGGGCACGGACCCCCUUGUCCUCGCCGUCCAGAGCAAGGAGCAGGCCGAGCAGUGGCUGAAGGUGAUCAGAGAGGUCUACAGCGGCUGCAGUGGGCCGGUGGAUUCAGAGUUCCCGCCCCCGUCCAGCUCCCCAGUGCACAAGGCGGAACUGGAGAAGAAACUGUCCUCGGAGCGCCCAAGCUCAGAUGGAGAGGGCGUCACGGAAAAUGGAGUCGCCGUGUGUAACGGAAAAGAACAGGUUAAGAGGAAAAAAAGUUCCAAAUCAGAGAGCAAGGGAACCGUGUCUAAAGUCACCGGGAAGAAAAUCACCAAGAUCAUCGGUCUGGGAAAAAAAAAGCCGUCGACAGACGAGCAGACCUCCUCAGCCGAGGAGGACGUCCCCACCUGCGGCUACCUGAACGUGCUGUCCAACAGCCGCUGGCGUGAGCGCUGGUGCAGAGUCCGGGGUAACAAGCUGGUUCUCCACAAGGACAGGACCGACCUGAAGACCCACAUCGCCUCCAUUCCCCUCCGAGGCUGCGAGGUGAUCCCCGGGUUGGAUUCCAGACACCCACUGACGUUCCGACUGCUUCGCAACGGACAGGAGGUGGCCGUGCUGGAGGCGGCGUCUUCGGAGGACAUGGGCAGAUGGAUCGGUAUUUUGCUGGCCGAGACGGGGUCCUCGGCAGACCCCGGGGCGCUGCACUAUGAUUACAUAGACGUGGAGCUGUCCGCGAACGUCAUCCAGACAGCCAAGCAGGCCUUCUGCUUCAUGAACAGGCGAGUCAUAUCUGCGAACCCCUACCUCGGGGGGGCCUCCAACGGCUACGCCCACCCCAGUGGGACAGCGCUGCACUAUGACGACGUCCCCUGUGUGAACGGCUCGUUGAAGGGUAAAAAGCCCCCAGUAGCAUCCAAUGGGGUCGCAGGAAAAGGGAAGCCUCUGAACAGUCAGCAAAAAAAAGCUGAUUCGGCCGCCAGCGUGAAGCGUACACCUUCAAAUGCCGACCAGUACAAAUACGGCAAGAACCGGGUGGAAGCCGACGCCAAGCGGCUGCAGACCAAGGAAGACGAGCUGCUGAGGAGGAAGGAGGCCCUGCGCAACAGGCUGGCCCAGCUGCGGAAGGAGAGGAGGGACCUGAGGGCCGCCAUCGAGGUGAACGCUGGCAGGAAGACCCAGCUGAUCCUGGAGGAGAAGCUGAGGACGCUGGAGGAGGAGUGUAAGCAGAAGGAGGCGGAGCGCGUCAACCUGGAGCUGGAGCUGACGGAGGUCAAGGAGAGCCUGCGGAAAGCCCUGGCCGGCGGGGUCACCCUGGGACUGGCCAUCGAGCCCCGGUCGGGGACCUCGAGUCCACAGUCCCCAGUUUUCAAGCAUCGGACUCUGGAGAACUCGCCCAUGUCCAGCUGUGAGACCAGUGACGCUGAGGGCCCCGUGCCCGUGAACAGCGCGGCCAUCCUGAAGAAGAGCCAGCCGGCCGGCAGCUCCCCCUGCCGGGGACACGUGCUCCGGAAGGCCAAGGAGUGGGAGCUGAAGAACGGGACAUAGAGGCGAGAGACGCGCCCCGGCCCGAGCAGGCGUCGCCGUCCGUCCGCGUCCGCAUGCCG